GAGCGACAUGAGAAACAAAACGCCUCACUGCUCCGAGCGUCCUCCAGAGAAUCAAAUGUCACAGACUCAGAACCAAACUUCUUCUUUGAGAAGAAUCUGGAAGUGUAACUCUCAGCACUCGUGGUUAAUGGAGCCUUUGAAUCGAAGUGCCAUGAGUGGAUGUGUUUUGUAUCGCCGCACCGGGCCUGAUGGGGGCGCUGUGUAGCACAGAGACUGUAGUGGACUCUGCAGGACCAACGCUCUCUGAUAUCCAGGCUGUGAGUUCACUGUUGGGGGUCCGUCCUGCCAGGCUGGAGGGGGGGUGGUGACCUUCAGUGGGGUCGACACGGUGUCAUCACUACCCGUUAAAUGUUAAACUGUCCUUUCUGUGCUCUGCCUGAGAACGUGUUUCAUGUUUGUUCGAUGUACCUGACUCAGAGGGAUGGACUACAGACUGGGUCUAACCUUGAUGGGAGGCCUUGUGGAGGUGCAACAUGAAAGCCCAGCUGGGACUGGACUUCUUUAGACCACAGACAAGAGGGACAUGUUGCUGCAGCUGAGUGUUUAACUUUACUCUGACGAUAUCAAAAGUUCUUCUCUAAGAAUCAAAUCUUCCUCUCUGACGAGGACUUUCUCUCAGAUACUCAGAGGCGCUCAGGCUCCUCCUCUUCCUCCUCAGUAGAUGCAGCAGAGAGGAAGUUGUGGUCACUCUUUAAGUCUUCGAGUGGUUUGGUGUCAGUCUCUCUGUCAGCACUCAGUCGGUGCAUUAACAACUGACGAGGAACAGAUCUAUUUUUUCCUUCAUCAUCUCCUCCAUCAUGGCUCCAUCAGUCCUCGUCCUCGUCCUCGUCCUGCUGGACUCCUCCGCCUCGCUGCCUCCUCCGAGAAAAACCUUCCUGCUCAACUCUGCAGACAGACCUCUGCUCCUCUUCAGCCUCCCUGAUAUCCAAAACACGACCACCCUGCUGCUCAGUGACGAUGCAUCCACCCUGUAUGUAGGGGCAAGGGACGCUGUGCUCUCAUUGGACGUCAGUCAGAGUGAUAUCAUCAGUCUGAAGAACAAGGUGCAGUGGAGUCCGUCUGACUCUGAAACAAGUGACUGUAAAUACAAAGUGAAGAACCCCUCGGUCGACUGUCCAAACUUUGUCAGUGUGUUACAGCUAAUCAACUCCACCCAUCUCUACGCCUGUGGCAGCUACGCCUACAGCCCCCAUGAUGCCUUCAUCGACACAGGAAGCUUCUCGAUGGUCCAACCCAGCAGCGUCAGGACUAAAACACGCUGUCCACACAACCCUUUCCAGAGGAGCACCGCCAUCUCACACGAUGGCGAGCUGUUCACCGCCACGACGACCGACUUCAAAGGAGAGAAACCUCAGAUUUCAAGACACUUCAGCAAAGAUGGCCGCCCAGACGUCAGCCUGGACUCUUUCAUCAGCCUACUGCAGGAGCCAACUUUUGUCAGCUCAUCUCUGGACCUCUCUGACAGGAAGCUCUACUUCUUCUUUAGCGAAGUUGGGAAAGAGUUCCGCUUUGUAGAUGAGCUGCAUAUCGCCCGAGUUGCCCAAGUCUGCAAGGAUGAUGUUGGUGGGCAGAGGACACUGCAGAGGAAGUGGACGUCCUUCGCCAAAGCCCCUCUGCUCUGUCAGUUGCCGAAACAGCUCCCCUUCAAUGUGCUCCAGGAUGUGUUCACCCUCCCACCACCAGAGGGCAACAACGCCUCAGACACUCUGUUCUACGGUGUCUUCACCUCACAGUGGUCCUCAGUUCCAGAAUCAGCUGUGUGUGUCUUUAAGCUUCAGGACAUCAGAAACGUGUUCAGAGGGAACUACAUGACCCUAAAUACGCAGUCCAUGCAGUGGAGUCAAAGACAGGGGAGACCAAUCCAGAGAAAGUGUGGGCUUGAAACAGCUUCAGACACAGACUUAGAAGAGGUGAAGAACAGUUUCCUGACCAGUAGAAGUGUAACACCGGUCGGAAAUGCUCCAGUUAUGGUUUCAUCAGAGCAGCAGUACAGUCGUGUGGCUGCAAUGAGGACACAGGCAGCUAACGGCAAACAGUACACGGUCCUUUUUCUUCUCACAGAUUCCGGAUUUCUCCACAAAGUGGCUUUGUUCGAUCGGGGUGCUCGGGUUGUGGAGGAGAUUCAGGUCUUUACAGAACCUCAGCCCGUGAAAAGUCUCAUCCUCUCCUCUGAAAAGGGAGUGCUGUAUUUGGGGACAUCGGAGGGCGUGACCGCAGUACCUGUGACCAGGUGUUCCAUCUACACAACCUGCAGCCAGUGUGUUCUAUCCAGAGAUCCUCUGUGUGGUUGGAGCCGGAGCAGCAGGGUCUGCACCCGCGUGGAAGACAAUCAUGAGGACAUGGCUCAGGACUUGGAGCACGGCAAUGUGGAGGAGAAAUGUCAGGGACAAACUGAGACCAGUCAGGACCAAGAAAUCAAUGUUCAGUUGAACGAAGCAGUGAAGCUCUUCUGUCAGAAACCCUCCAACCCAUCAGCUCUGACCUGGACCUCCACUCGGUUCAAUACCCUGCCAGAGGACCUUUUCAUCCGGCCAGCUGACGGCAGCCUGAUGUUCCUCGCAACCGCCGACACCACUGGAACCUAUCGCUGCGAGGCAGUGGAAGACGGGCACAGGGAGGUAGUAGUUAGCUUUAACAUCCAGCUGAGUGCUGCUCCUCGCUCCAUGAGACCCUCACCCAAGGAAGACCGAGAACCUGUGCCGUACUUCAAAAACGAGCCCACUCUGGCUGAAGAGCCAAUAAAAGCUACGACAAAAACUUCAGACCCAGAGCGCCCCACGAUAAAGGACGAGGAAGAUGAAUUCAAGGUCGCUAUAGCAGAAGUGACCAACCACAGUAAAGACAAUUCAGAUAAGACUGGCUUUGACAAGACCUCCAGGAAAGACUCCCAUUCCUUGAAGGAGCCGCUGGAUGGCGCUCCGACAGAGAAGAGUUACUUUAGCGAGCUGGUCGUUGUUUCCUUACUGCUGGUCGUCUGUAUCUGCCUCCUGGCACUCGGAGGGCUCCACGUGUGGCACCAGAGUAAAAGUGAAAAAAAGAAUCCUCUGGUCAGUCCUGGAGAUGACAGCAAAACCAUCCAAUCAAUGGAGAGUGUUCCCUCCCUGAGCAGCCCAGAGGACGCAGAUCCGGAGCUCAAGGUGGUGCAGUAACCACGGCGAUGGUCGACCACGUACCACGUUACUUAAAAUGAUACAAUCUGUUAUUUUACUGAUCAUCAGCAUCAAAAAGAACCAAAACUUCCAUUCAAUCAGACUGCUUCUUACAACCAGUCGCCCCCUGCUGGACAUUAGAGGGAAUACAAUUUAAAGCCCGGCAUUCACUGUGUGAUUGUGUAAGAGUCUCAGCUCACACUGUUCGAAUCUUUUACUAAUAUCGACCAAAGCUCACACUGUACGAGUGAAAUCAGGACGGAGCGUUCACAGCCAAUAGAAAACUCCCACAGACGGAGGCUAAAGUCAGUCGUCUCAUAUGCACGCUGAAAUACACACAGCUGACACAAACGCUCUCUCUUUCCCUCUCUCUCUCUCUCUCUCUCUCUCUCUCUCUCUCUCUCUCUCUCUCUCUCAUACACACACACACACACACACACACACACACACACACACACACAACAUCAUAACUAACUAAUAUUCCCGGUCUGCAGAAAUUUCCUGCCAACGUUUCUUCCAUGAUCGUAGAAGGGAAGACUAAACUAAAUUAAACAGGCAUACCUGAUGUUGCCAUGGUGAUUUCGGACGCUGUCUGUCACUUUUUGUGGUGACACAAUCAGGGAAAAAGUCCCGAAGUUGGAGAAUCGUGACGUGGUUCCGCUCUCAUUGAGCGAGUGUGUUCAGUCGAACGAGCAAAAUAUCAAAACAUGCCAGAAAAUCAUCCGACCGGUCGGGAGCAGCUGACUGGGCCGGGAUCUGCCGUCACUGUCUUUAUUUCAAAUUAAACUUUGCAGACGUGUUUGUGCUGAUUAGAAUGUGUUCAGGAGUUCAUCUGUAAUUUUAGUUAUCAACAUUGGGCGUUUGGGACUUCUAUUGUUGUUGCCAUGGUAACAAAUAAGUAUCAAUAUCGUUUGUUUUUUUAGUCGAAAUCGUUGAAGCAUGACACUUGGAAUGUUAUGACGAGUCUGUGACGACUGUAUGAAUGUGAACGGGAUGAAACCUGCUGUGAAUGAGAGCUAACAAGAAAACAGUUUAAUAUAUAUUUUUAUUUGUUUUACAUUUUUUCUGUUUGAAAUGUUUUCUUGAAUCUGUCGCCCCCUUGUGUCUCAGAUUAAGAUGUGCACAUAGUGAAUAUUUAACGUCGUGUUGAUGCUGCCGUGCUGUAACUGAAGCUCGAAGAGGACAUGCAUCCAGACAUUUUCAUUUCAGCUCUCUUUCCAAAGAUAACGAUUUCAUUUUGGGUGUUUCUUAGUUAACAACGCUGGCGUUUCCAUGAUGAUGAGUUCAUUUCACUCUUCUUCUCGAGAUACAGAAAAAUGUACUUGUUAUCACGGGGAAACGGCAUUAUUAUCCUGAGAUAACUCCUUAAUUAAUUCAAAACUUAAAGGAAGAAUGUCAACUUUUUGAUCCAGUAGGUGUCGCCCUUGAGCUCCAGCAUGAAACCAAAACAAACUGCUGUUAGGCCACGCCUCCUCCAAACUGAAGCCUCCGCCCUCCUCCAGAGACACACCUCCAACCCCCCUCCACUCAUGUUUGCAUGAAGGAGUUUAGCGAGGACAAACUCAUCCUUGUCUCGAGCUGUAAUCACCUGUGGUCUGCGUUGUUGUGUUAGCAUGCUAAUGUUAGCUCUCUGUAGUUAGCUCGUAGCUUCACAUUGUUGUGUUAGCAUGCUAA